AUCAGUCAGGUGCAACCCCAAACAAACAUGGAGUUUUCUGCUAAAUCCACUCCAUGCCAUGUUCUAGCCACAGCCUGGAAAAUUACAACGUUGUCUUGGAAGCUUUUGAUUAUUUAAAGGCAGAGACAACUCUGGUUCUGAGACAGAGGAGACUUAUGGAGUCGAGGAGGAAAAAAAUGAAAUCGACUUCUAAGACAGAGUUUCCACAGGCAAAGCCAAGAGUUGAGGCAAUGGCUUCAUAAUUUAAGGAAAAACGAGACCAGCCAACCUGAUUUUGUGUAAGUUACCUGCCCAAUUCAGGUGCGUAAGUUCUGAUCUAAUUUAGCCGAGUUAUUAAGAAAGCAGGUAUUGAGCAUGUUCUGGCACUUUCCAUUCUUACUUCAUUUGCCCUUCACAAUAUCCCAUGUGAGAGAGAUGGUAUAAACAUAACCCUCACUUUUCAGGCAAAGGGAAAUGACUUGCCCCAAAUCGGAGCCUAGUUAAAUGGUCAAGUGGUUAGAACUGGAACCAAAUACUCCAGUGUCUAUCUCUGGCCCUUUCCACUCACUAUCCCCUACUCUACCAUCUUAAACUUAGCUGUGGAAGAGUCCUAAAAGUAGCGAGCUGGGGGGAAAUGAUUUCUUUCCUCACGAUGAAUUACAAGAACCUCAAAUUAUCCAUCUUACUAAGCUAGGAGACGCCUGCCCACCAGAUCCAAGUAUUAAUUUGGCCCCUCUUGUGCACUAAACAUGGUGCUGAGAAAUACGGGGAGGGAAGUGUAAGGAAGGCAUGUUCUUUGCACUCUCUGAGCAUAUAUUUCAUCCUGUUUUCCCCCAGACCUCCUCCUCAGCUGGCCUUGUUCAGCCAGGAUACAUCUUUUGGGGACUGAUUGUGUUCGGUUUUCUGUUUUACCUUUUCACACACACAUGAAAUGAGGGAAAAAAGACCUGAAUAAGGACGAAGGGGAGGGAAGUGGGAAUGACAAGAUUUUUUUUUUCUUGAACCAUUUGUUUCUCAAGCUGGAUUUGGAUUUGGCAAGCAGCUCGGAUUCCAGGUCACCUUGGCUCAGAGCUUCACAGGGGCUGCUUUUUGGGUUCCUGUUUCAUUUACAAGGGCCUUUUGUGCUCUCCAAUUGACUUGCUAACCUUUCCCCAGCGAUCCCUUCCCUUGCUGAGGCAUGGUGUUGGAGUGCUCUGCUAUUUGUCAUUGUGCUUCCCCAUAAGACAACAGGUUCUCUGGAAGAAUGCUACAAGGCAGCGUCAUCUAAGCAAGCCACAUCUUUCUGGUCGCCGGUUUCCUUACCUGUAAAAUGAAGGAAUUUAGCCCGAUGGCCUGAAAGGUGCCCCCCCCCCCAUCCUAUGCUCCCUUCUCUGGGAGCAUAGAAUGCCACAGCAUGAAUGGGAUUUUGGAGAAGCCUGACCCUCAUUUUGCAGAUGGAGAAACAGAUGCAGAAGAGGCUAAGGGACCUUGGGCGGCAGAGCAGAUGGGAAGAAUGUUCUUGUUUCCAGGGGUGCAACCUUAUUAAGUAAGCGAGCAGAGAUGGAAGGAGGAAAGGAAUCCCCUGUAACUCGCCUUCAGAACCUGCCUCUUGUCUUCCCUCCCCUCCCCCACAUUUUAGUGGCCUCUGGCCUCUCCGUCCCCUUUCCGUAUUCUAGUAGUAAAGGACCCAGAAGGUCUGACUCCGCUAUUCGCUACUGUCGGCCUCAGUUUCCUCAAAUCUGCAAAUUUAGUCUAGGUGAUGUCUAGGGUGUUGGAUCCAUCCUAAGAAGAGGGAGGUGGGCAGGACAGUACGUCGGCAUCCUUGUCCCCUCCCUGUCCGGGACCGAGUACCACCCCCCACCCCACCCCUGCAGCGGGCAGGCGCGGGCGGGGAGGGGUUCGGGCUCUCUUCCCUCCUGUCCCUUCCUCUCCAGGCCGGUGAGGCGGCCACGUCUGAAAGCCACUCAUUGUGCUAGCUUCGCAGCAGAGAAGAAGGAGCCGCGGCCCCCCGGCCAGAGAAGGCAGAGCCGAGCGGAGCAGCCGGCACAGCAGCCCAGCGGUGCCCGAGCUCUUCCUGGACCACCAUGGCAUGGCUGCGCAUUUCCAGCACUGCCAUGGCUGUCCUCUUGACGGUGCAGACGGGGCUCCUGCUCUACCUGUACGCGCACCACAACCACUUGCUGCCCUCUCUCCAGAAGAAGCCGGCCCAAGUGCACGUCCUGAUCCUGUCCUCUUGGCGCUCCGGCUCCUCGUUCGUGGGGCAGCUCUUCAGCCAGCACCCCGAUGUCUUCUACCUGAUGGAGCCGGCCUGGCACGUGUGGGUGACCCUCUCCCACAGUAACGCCGAGGUGCUCCACAUGGCCGUCCGCGACCUGGUGCGCUCCGUCUUCCUCUGCGACAUGAACGUCUUCAACGCCUACCUGCCCUGGUACCGAACUCUGUCCGACCUCUUCCAGUGGGCCGUCAGUCGAGCCCUGUGCUCGCCGCCCGCCUGCGGCGCCUUCCGGAGGGAGGACAUCACCAGCGAGGCAGCCUGCAAGACCCAGUGCGCGCAGCAGCCCUUCUGGGCAGCGGCCAAGGCCUGCCGCUCCUACAGCCACGUGGUGCUCAAGGAGGUGCGUUUCUUCAACCUGCAGGUCCUCUACCCGCUGCUCACCGACCCGUCCCUCAACCUGCGCAUCAUCCACCUGGUGCGGGACCCCCGCGCGGUGCUCAAGUCUCGCGAACAGUCAGCCAAGGCGUUGGCCCGGGAUAACGGCAUCGUGCUGGGCACCAACGGGACGUGGGUGGAGGCCGAUCCGGGCCUGCGGGUGGUGCAGGAGGUGUGCCGCAGCCACGUUCGCAUCACCGAGGUGGCCCUGCAGAAACCCCCGCCCUUUCUGCAGGGUCGCUACCGUCUGGUGCGCUUCGAAGACUUGGUGCGCGACCCUCUGGCCGAGAUCCAGGGGAUGUACGACUUUGCCGGGCUGCGCAUCACGCCCCAGCUGGAGGGCUGGAUCUAUAACAUCACGCACGGCAGGGGGCCCGGCCAGCUUAAGGAGGCCUUUAAGAUCACCUCCCGAGAUGCCCUCAACGUCUCCCAGGCCUGGCGCCACGCCCUGCCCUUCCCCAAGAUCCACCGCGUCCAAGAGCUGUGCGCCGGGGCCCUUCGGGUGCUGGGCUACCGGCCAGUGGACUCGGAGAAGGAGCAGAAAGACCUCACUUUGGACUUAGUGCUGCCCCAGGGCAGGAGCAAGUUCAGCUGGACCUCCUUUGCAUCCUCCUUUGCUCGAGAGGAGUAAAGCCCAGAGAUGGGCUUCCGGCCGGGCACCUGGGAAGCGUUUAUUUCAGGACGCUGUGAGACCGUCAGCUACCUGGAUCCUCCCCUAACUCCUCCAAGUGGGACUGGAGGGACUGUCUCCCAGAAAAAAGCUGCAUGAUCUCCGAGAAGGAUAGGAACUUCUCCACUAAUAACCACCAGGCUGGGAAUACUUCUCUGCAGAUAUUCCCUGACUUUUAUAAUUGAAUGGAUUUAAAAUAAUUCCAAAGCACCACUGAUUUUCCCCUCAUAGCUAUAACUUUUCUUUGCAAUUGACGGACCCUUUUAUUUCCUCCUUGCCACCCCAUUUUCUGUUUACUUUUGAUCUUGGAGAACUAUCUGCCCAUAGCAACCGGGUAGAGAAAUUGAGCGAUAUGAUUGGUUUUGAUUAUGGAUUGAACAUUGGUGAAUGAAAAAAAUUAAGCACAUAUUUGAAAGUUUCAAUAAAGAACUCAUUUUCAUGUCCAAAUAAAUAAUAAUAGAAAUAAUAGUAACUGGCAAUUGUACAGUUAUCCCUUCCGCAUCUCACCUUUCUCCAUGGAGGUUUAGAUAUGAUGUGGCAUAAGAAAUUAAAUGAGAAUUUAAAAGGAAUUUUGCAAAAGCCAAAGACAACAGGAGAAGACUAACAGAUGACACAGAAAAAGUUUAGAAACUCAGAAAUGCACACAGCCCAAAUUUUACAGCAAGGUACUGUAAAUAUCCCACAAAAGAAAAAGAAAAAAUUCAUACUUCUUCUUUAGUAUGAAAGGAAGGUCAAAACAUUUUACUUGGAUUUUCCAGAUCAUAGGGGACCCUGUGCCCCUAACACUGCCACCCCCAAUGCAGAAGGGAUAAUUGUAUAGUGCUUUAAAUCUUGUAAAGGGCUUUACAUAUGUUAUCUCAUUUAAUCCUCAAAUUCCUGGCAGGAAGAUAUCAUCAUCCCCAUUUUACAGAUGGGGAAAGGUUAAGUGGUUCUUCCACAGCCACACAGUUGUGUCAGAGGCAGGAACUGAAUACAGAUCUUUCUACAGAAUAUUCAAGUCUAUCAUUCCAUGGACUGCAACACCUAGAGCACACCUACAAAUACCAUGCUUCUCUAAAAGUAAUUAUUCAAUUAUUUCUUCUCUCCCCCUUCACCAUCUUUUUGUACAUUACAUAUGUCUGAAUGUAUAUAUAUAAUUUAGUUUUAGUCAAUCUAAAUGCUGAAUUUCUAGUUCUAACUUCUUCCCUUUGCAUUAUUUCAUGUCCUCACAUAUUUCUUUGUAUUCUUUUUCUUUGUAAUUUUUAAUGGCAUUAGAGUUGUUCUACCUAUACAGUAGGGUAGAGGAUAGAUUCCUGGCCUUGGUAUCAGGAAGACCUAGGGUCAAAUCUCCUCUAUUAUUAGCAGUGAGAUCCUGGGUAAGUCACUUGAGCUCACUGCAUCUUAGGCAACACUUUCACUAUAAAUGAUUGAUGAAUUGUGAACCAUGUAGGUGUAAGGAAUUCCCAUAUCCUGAGCUCUAGUGCUGAUAUUUCACAGGUCUUUAAUAUAUAGUAUUUCUUCAUAUACAUAUACCACAAUCAUUUAACAUUUUUAAAAAUAUUCGUUAUAUAUAAUAUAGCUACAAAAACGUUUAUAAUUAACUGCCCUGUUUUUUUCUUUUAAUUGAAGCAAAGUCCUAGUAUAAUAAUUAUUGGUUUUAUAACUCUUUGUGUAGUUGAAGAUUGCUCCCCAGAAAGAUUAUUCUAUUUUUUUUAGUACUACCAACAAGGUUUAAUUAUAUCUAUUUCUUCACAUCUCCACCAGCAUUGAAUCUUGUUAUCUGCAUCUAUCUUGUAAGUGUAAGGUGGAACUUAAAUUUACACUUCCUUAAUUAGUGAGAGUCAACAAAUUUUUAAGCAAUUACUUAUAUUCAAACAAUGUAAUAACUUAUGUUGAUAUGUAAAACUUCUAUUCACAUUAUUUUAUUAAUGGAUGUGGGGCUAGCUCUUACAUGCUCCUUUUGUGUUCUGGAUGUCAGGUUUUUCUCCAAAUAAUGAUUUCUUUUAUCUUGGUUAUAUUAUUUCUCAUUGUACAGAAUUAUUUUAUUUCUACAUAUACAUAAUCAAAUUCAUCUAUCUUGUCCCCAGUAAUUUCUAACAUUGGUUUGAUAUCAAGAGUUUAGCUGCCUUUGUACUAGCUGGGGAUCAGGAACCAAAGUUUGACAGGUAACUGAGAGGGAGGGAACAGAUAAAGAGAAACACCACUUCCCUCCCAGGCAGUGCUUAUCCCAGAGAAGGUGAAGCUGGAUCAUUGUUUCAGAGCUGAACGGUAAGAGGAAAUCCCCUUCAAUCUCUAGUUUCUGUUCUCUUCUCUGGAUGAUUAUUAUCUGUGAUACCCUUAGGACAUUGAAGAAGAGGUAUCUAAUUCUUCAAUAAAUUAUAAGAUCUAUUUAUUAAUUGAUAAGUCAGGAAUAGUUGGUUAGGGAAGAGGGAAACAGGAAGUCCCUAUUCUAUUUUCCACCUAAAUUCUCUUCAGGGGUGAAAGGCUCAGGUCUAGGGACCUAUGUCCCAGAAGACUUUUUGUGGAGUCAGGCUGGUGUAAUUUCCUGAGAUAUUGAGAUAUAGUUUUGAAGGAAAAUCUUCUGAUGGAUAGGCUCUUGCCUUCCCCAAAGGGAAAGAGUUGCUAUCCAUCACUUGUAAGGAAAGAUGGCUAAUCUGGAUCUCUUCAUAUCAACAAGGGAUUGUAGCAGGAUAAGCUCAGUGGGGUUGCUCCUUCCCUCCCAGUUCAGAAGAGACAAGAAGGUAUAUUCCCAACUGUCCACCUACUUUUCUUAGCUGGAGAUUCCAGUCCCAUCCCCCUUUGGCGGCCAAAGUUCUAUUUCCUUCUUGCAUGAGAUUUCACUGCAAAAUCCAGUCUUUGCAAUAUACAUUGUACCUCUCUCAUCUACACCUUCUAAAAUUUAGAUAAAUAUAUUAUUCUAUUUUCUUAUAAAUUUUCUGUGGCUUAAAAUAUUUAAUUUAUUUGAUCUAGCUAAAAUUUAUUUUGUUUUUUUUUAUGAAAUAAAGAAGGAACAUUAAUUUGUU